AUGGUGCCUGCAAAAAUGAUAAAAAAGUCACUGGAGUCGACCAGCUCUAGACUCCACGUUGCUAUGAAAAGUGGAAAUUACGUGCUGGGGUGAGAGCCGACUCUGAUAAUCAGACAAAGCAAAGCAAACCUGGCCAUCCUCGCCAACAACUGUCCAGCCUUGGGAUCUGGAACAGAGUACGGGGCCACGUCAGCCAAGACUGGUGUCCAUCACUACAGUGGCAAUGACACUGCACUGGGCACAGCAUAUGGAAAAUACUACAGUGUGUGCACACUGGCUCCCACUGACCCAGGUGAUCCUGGUGUCAUUAGAAGCAUGCCAGAACAGACAGGUGAGAAGUAA